GGGAAGCCAUGUUUGGUGUUUGUCAGAUUUUUUAAAAUACAUUUUUCACAAUUCGUGAUAUUUUGUUAGUUAGGAGUUGAGGUUGAUAAAAGCCUUCAGACGUUUCAAUGAAUUCCAAUCCCGACAUUUCGCGUAGAAAUCCCCAAGAGGAUUUCGAGAUAAUUCAGCGGAUAGGAAGCGGUACCUACGGUGAUGUCUACAAGGCUCGAAAUGUCACCACUGAGGAGCUGGCUGCCAUUAAAGUCAUUAAACUGGAACCUGGUGAGGAUUUUGCAGUUGUGCAGCAGGAGAUUAUCAUGAUGAAGGACUGCAAGCACUCCAACAUUGUGGCUUAUUUUGGGAGUUACCUAAGAAGGAAUAAAUUAUGGAUAUGCAUGGAGUACUGUGGAGGUGGCUCCCUUCAAGACAUAUACCAUGUAUCGGGGCCUCUGACGGAAUCUCAGAUAGCUUAUGUUUCACGUGAAACACUACAGGGUCUAUACUAUCUACAUAACAAAGGAAAGAUGCACAGAGACAUAAAGGGUGCCAACAUUUUGUUGACAGACAAUGGGCGUGUUAAAUUAGCUGACUUUGGAGUAUCUGCACAAAUUACAGCCACACUGGCUAAGAGGAAGUCUUUCAUUGGAACACCUUAUUGGAUGGCACCAGAAGUUGCAGCAGUUGAGAGGAAAGGAGGCUAUAACCAACUUUGUGACAUUUGGGCAGUGGGCAUAACUGCCAUUGAACUUGCUGAGCUUCAGCCACCCAUGUUUGACUUGCACCCUAUGAGAGCCCUAUUCCUCAUGACAAAAAGCAAUUUCCAACCACCAAGAUUAAAAGACAAAAUUAAAUGGACCAAUGAUUUUCAACAUUUUGUGAAGAUGGCGCUCACAAAAAAUCCAAAGAAGAGGCCUUCAUCUGAUAAGUUAUUGCAGCAUCCUUUUAUCGCACAGCCCCUCAGUCACACUCUUGGCAUUGAGCUGUUGGACAAGGUCAGCAACCCGGACCAUGCCUCCUACUCUGACAUUGAUGAUGAUGACACUGAGCCUGAGCCUCCAAUGGCAGUGCCUCACCGGAUUCAGUCCAUCAGUAGAAAUGCGCGUGAGGAGAAGACACUCUCUGAAAUUAACUUGGGCCAAGUUAAGUUUGACCCUCCAUUGCGGAAGGAGACAGAACCUCAUCAUGAGCCGCUUGACCCAGAUGAUUUUUUGGACUGUGUGGAAGAGAUCUACUACACUGCAAGAUCUAAUUUGGAACUUCAGAUGGAUUAUGGACAUGCAUCCUCUUGUGGUUCCUUUCUUGGAGGGAGUAUGGUCCGCAAUGCCUCCUUGGAGGACAAUAGGGAAGACCAUGAUGAUUCUACACAAGAUCCUGAGGAUGAUUAUUGGGGUAGAAAUAGUGAUAAAGAACAAUCACAAAAUAAAGCAUUCACCAUGAGACCUAAAGUACCCCCACCACCACCUCCUCAGCCCAAGAGCAUCUCCACCCCUCAAGUGGAUCUCACCAGUGACCAUGAUGGCAACCAUGACACUAUCAUGUGUUGUCCAGCCACGGACAGCCCCGAUCUACCAUCCGCCUGUAGCCCUCCUCAGCCAUUAUCCCUGCAAACGCCCCCACAAAAACUCAGCAGCUUAGGCAAUGGAGUGAAUUUGACUGAUGAGAGCAGAAAGAAGGAGACCUCAGGAAAGGAGAAGCCGUCUUCGUCUCCAAGUGAUCCUGCACGAAAAGACAAAAAGGAUGUUGUGAUACCUCUCAGCAAUGGACUACCUCCAACUCCAAAAGUCCAUAUGGGAGCUUGCUUCUCUAAAGUCUUUAAUGGUUGCCCACUGAAAAUCCACUGUGCCACCUCCUGGAUCAACCCCGAUUCUAGAGAUCAACAUCUUAUAUUUGGAGCUGAAGAGGGUAUUUACACUCUAAACCUGAAUGAAUUACAUGAAACAUCAAUGGAGCAGUUGUUUCCUCGGAGAUGUACAUGGCUGUAUGUCAUGAAUAACAGCUUGCUCUCAAUAUCUGGAAAAACCUCACCUCAGCUGUACUCUCACAAUUUGCGUGGCCUUUUUGAGCAUGCUCGGCAUGCCAUUCCAACUCACAAAUUUCCUGACAAGAUUAUUCCCAGGAAAUACACUGUCUCCAAUAAGAUUCCAGACACAAAAGGAUGCCAGAGGUGUUGUGUAGUAAGAAACCCAUAUACUGGUCAUAAGUACCUCUGCAGUGCCUUGCAGUCCAGUAUCAUUCUUUUGGAGUGGGUCGAAUCCAUGCAGAAAUUCAUGCUGGUUAAGAGUAUAGACUUCCCUUUACCCUGUCCUCUGGAGGUGUUUGAGAUGCUGGUGGUCCAAGAUCACCAGUACCCACUCAUAUGUAUGGCUGUCAGCAAAGGCACAGAAUUCAACCAGGUGGUUCGUUUUGAGACAGUAAAUCCAAACUCCACAUUAUCAUGGGUCACCAAAUCAGACAUACCUCAGAGUUCUGUAAUACAGUUAACUCAGCUGGAUGGAGAUACCAUCUUAGUGUGCCUAGAUCACUACAUCAAAAUAGUAAAUUUGCAAGGCAGGCUGAAAUCAAGCAAGAAACUAUCAGCAGAACUCACAUUUGACUUCCAGAUCGAGUCUAUAGUUUGUCUUCAGGACAGUGUUUUAGCAUUCUGGAGACAUGGUAUGCAAGGUCGAAGCUUCAGGUAUAAUGAGAUUACACAGGAGAUCUCAGAUAAUACAAGGAUAUUCAGGCUACUUGGAUCAGACAGGGUUGUAGUCUUGGAAAGCAGGCCAACGGACGACCCUACAGCACACAGUAACCUUUACAUCCUGGCAGGACAUGAGAACAGCUAUUGAGCUUCUUGUAUACUCUUUGCCCAACGACACAGAAUAUGAUCAUCAAACUUUUUGGAUCUUUGAAAUAUUUGCCCUAGUGGUUGAGUGUUGAAGUUACAAGUCAGACAGCCACCAUCAUAACAGUAGAAAUAUGUCACCAUAAUGCUUUAAAUUAACUUAAAGAAAAAAGAUAAAAAAAAGGAAAAACAGUACAGUUUCUAUUUUUUGUAGUACUACACUUUUAUUAUUAUUAUUAUUAUUUUCAUAGCACUAAUACUGACCACAAAAGUUCUGAAGGUCUAACUGUUGUAGGCUAAAUAUAGACAUCAAUUUGAAAUGUAUAAAUAUACGUUAUGUAUAUAUCUAUUCAUAUCCAGUUUACUGAUAUUUGUAGAAAUAUUAUGUGCAAUUUAUGUAUAAUAACAAAUUAUGAAGGUUUGCUUUUAGGUCACAUGUUUAUUGUGCAUGUUUUACAAAAUCAUUAAGAAGUGCCCACCUUCAUCGACUUUUAUGCUUUUUUUAUAGUUUUCCAUGUUUUAUACAAAGCUGUGUUAAUGAUUUAAAGUUUUAUUCAAAACUUGCUUUUUUUGCACAGUAAUUCUAGAUGUUAUCAAGUGUGUGUCCACAAAUCCUGCACAUGACUGUAUGUAAUGAAUAUAAAUGGGGCCAUAGCUAAAAUUUCACUCGCUGUUACACUUCAUACUGAAAGGGAAAUGGAGGUCUAACAACCUAGGGUCUAUUUUUGGAUGAUGAUAAAUGUAAAUUUUUGCUUGGGACCAAAACAACGUUAAUUGUUGCAGUUUUGUGUUAGACCGGAAUAUGCGUUUACAUGUACAGCUGAAUAUCAUAUAGCAUAGUCUUUGUGGGCAAGAAGGUAAAGAAAAAUCACUAUGCAGUCAGUGCAUAAACUCUUCUUCAGGUUGUCGUCAUCUUGUGAGAACAGAGUCUGCACAGGCCAAUUACCGAACUCUAUUGACAGUAGUUUGUGCCACAUUCAGUAAUCCACUAAGCUGCCCCCAAAGGCUAAGCUAUAUCCUAUGUUGUUGUUUGACUGGAGUUUCCCUUUAACCAGGCUCAUCUUAUAAGAUAUGCCCACUGACUGAAUGUGGAGUUCUAUUUAGGUCAGACCAUGACAGAAUCAAAGUAGAAAAUGUCAUAAAGAGUUUACUCUUGUUUUCAUGGGCUACAUAUAGGGCUACUGAUGAAGCAUUUUAAAUAACCCAGACAAUGGUACAGGAACUCAACAAAUAAGGUACAAACUGAAUAAAAAAUAUUGUUGACAAUGAUAAUAAAUAUUCCUGUUUAAUAUAA